ACAGGGAAUGCCAGGUGUAAAAGGAGAGAUAGGACUACCUGGAUUACAAGGUCCGUCAGGCGACAAAGGUGUUCAAGGAGAGCCUGGAAAAGAUGGCGAACCUGGACCUCGAGGAAACCAAGGACCAAAGGGACCACCCGGGCCAGUUGGAUUGAAAGGCGAUAGGGGCGAGCCUGGACCAAUCGGCCCUACUGGACGAGAUGGUCUACCAGGGCAACGUGGUUUGCCGGGUCCUCCUGGUCCUGUUGGAGUUCCAGGAGAAGAUGGCGACAAAGGAGAUAUCGGACCACCUGGUGAAAAAGGAUUCAAAGGAUCUCAAGGAGGAACUGGUCCUCCAGGACCGCCUGGCACACAAGGACUUCGAGGUGAACCUGGCGCUAUCGGUUUACCAGGUGAAAAGGGACCACCUGGAGAAAUUGGAAGGCAGGGGCCAAAAGGUGAAGAUGGUCCCGUUGGUGCGUCAGGUCCUCCCGGUCCCGUAGGGCCGCAAGGAUUGCCUGGUCCACCAGGAUUGAAAGGAGAAAUGGGAGAUACCGGUAUGACUGGUCCUGUAGGACCGGUAGGAAAUCCAGGUGGACAAGGUCCGAGAGGCCCUAAAGGAUCUGAAGGCUUACAAGGGCCUCCAGGUCUAGAAGGUCGUCAAGGACAGAAAGGAGAACCAGGAGCGCCAGGACUUCCAGGUCUAAUAGGUUCAGAAGGGAAACCAAAACGUGCGGCAACGAACGAGUUUCAUUAUUACGUAGCGAAAUUGUGUUCACCGCAGGGUGAAAGGGGCCCUCCAGGUCCAAAAGGAGAGGAAGGAAAAAGUGGUCCUCCAGGACCACCUGGUAGUCGUGGUAUAAAUGGCCCAGAAGGACCGAAAGGCAAUGCAGGAUCACCUGGUUUUCCUGGACCUCCGGGAGAGCCGGGACCAAUCGGUGCAAAAGGAGAACCUGGUAGGGAUGGUGAAGAUGGUAAACCGGGAGAUACUGGACUACCAGGAGAGGUUGGUCCUCCGGGGAAAGAGGGAUUAGCUGGUCCUCCUGGAAAACAAGGAUCCGAGGGACCGGCGGGUGUGCAAGGAAGUCCAGGUUUGCCGGGUGAAAAAGGAGACGUGGGUCCGUCUGGAGCACAGGGACCUCCAGGUUCCACAGGGCCUCAGGGUUUUCCAGGACCGUCUGGUUUGUCAGGUGUAAGAGGACUGCCAGGACUUGCUGGAGAAAACGGUCCACCAGGAAUGCCAGGUGCUGUCGGUGUUCCAGGAAAGGUUGGACCGAUUGGUCCGAAAGGUCCAAAGGGUGACAGAGGUAAACGAGGACCUAAAGGACAUCGAGGUGAAUUGGGACAGGUUGGAGUGAAAGGUGAACAGGGCGAGAAAGGAGAACAAGGGCCACGAGGUGCUCCAGGAUCCGAGGGACCCAAGGGCAACCAAGGACCAGCAGGUUUAACGGGAUUUAAGGGAAACGAUGGAUCUGCAGGGCUUCCUGGAAUGGAAGGACCGCCAGGGCCUAAAGGAAAUGCCGGGAAUGACGGACCAAAAGGCGAAACUGGUCCUCCGGGACCUCCAGGUCCUCCCGGACCACCUGCAGAACAGCCCAUGAUCCCCCCGGAAUUGUUAUUCACGAGAGAACAAACUUUGCGAAGGAAACGCGACAUUUCGACGAACACAAACGAGGAAAUGAAUUCAGAAACACUGAACAAAGACGAUCACAUCGAAGAGGAAUUUGGCCCCAAGUUCUUGGACAUGUACAGUUCUAUAUACGCUAUGAGACAAGAAUUGGAUCGAAUACGAAAACCAAUCGGGAGCAAGGAGAAUCCUGCACGAACUUGUAAAGAUCUAUUUUACGGCCAUCCUCAUUUCCACGAUGGUUGGUACUGGAUCGAUCCAAAUUUAGGAAUGGCUGACGACUCCGUGUACGUGUACUGCAAUAUGACGAAUAUGGGUGAAACCUGCGUCUAUCCUGACAUUCACACGAGUCAAAUGCCGAAUAUACCGUGGAGGAAGGAGAACAAUAAAACUGAUUGGUAUUCGAAUUUGCGCGGAGGAUUCAAGGUAGGUUUAAGUUAGGUUAGGAUUUUGGUUAGGAUUUAAGUUAGGUUUAGGUUGGGUUUAAGUUAGGUUAGGAUUUAAGUUAGGUGGGUUUAGGUUAGGUUAGGAUUUAAGUUAGGAUUUAAAUUAGAUUUAGGUUAGGUUUAAGUUAGGUUAGGAUUUUAGUUAGGUUUAGGUUGGGUUUAAGUUAGGUUAGGAUUUAAGUUAGGAUUAAAUUAGGUUUAGGUUAGGUUUAAAUUAGGUUUAAGUUAG